AUGAAUAACAAUAAUAGUAGUGUAAAUAAUAAUGAUUUAUUUAAAUCGAUUGUAUUUUAUUUAAUAGGUGUACCAAUUGGAGAACAAAACAAAAUAAAGACACUCCUCAAGAAAUGCGGAGGUAGUAUUGCUCUUCAGGUUAAUAAAUCCGUUCAUUAUCUGAUCACCACAACAGAGGAAGUAGAGAAAGCAAGCUACAAGAUAAAGGGUGCCACCAAGCUUUGUGAUGAAGGUGAACUCCGUCUAGUAUCCACCCAAUAUAUCACCGAUUGUGUCGAGGCCAAUCGACUUCUCUCUGACGACCGCUAUCAACUCUACAAAAGUAAAGUACUUCACUCACAAAAAUUUAAGUUUUCAAACAGUGGUAGUGGAGGUACUGGAAAAAAAGGUGGUCAAUCAUCAACUUCCACCAACCAAAAACAACAACAACAACAAAAACAAUGUUUUAAUAUCUUAGAAUUAUUAUCAAAUUCUAAAAAGAAAUCAACAACAACAACAACAACAACAAGAUGA